UCUGGGCUUCAGCCUGAAUUGGCAUUCAGCACUGGGUCAGGUGUUUGGUCUGGCUCUGGAUCAGGAUUUGUAUCAAGAGCUGAAACUAGCUGGGGAUCUGGCUUUGAAACAGAGGGGGUUUUUGAGGAAAACCAACAAGGAUUUGUAAUGCCCACUGAUCAUAGCGGAUUACAUAGUGGUGGUAGUGUAGAGUACCAGACAAAUGAGAUGAAAUUGGAGUUUGAGAAGAAGGAUUGGGUAAUUCAUAACAAAACAGAUGUGGUCCAUAAGCAGCAAGCAAAGCAAAAACUUGAUAUUUUUGUCAAAACCCCCAAUACCACUACUGGAGAGAACGUAAAACUUGACAGUAGCUCGAAUUGGAAUACUAAUGGAUUAAAUUUAACUAAAUAUUUUCAGGAAAACUCUACCCCAAGAGAUUUAUCAACCCCAACUAUAGACAUCCACUCCAUAGAGACUACCGAGGUACCAAUGGACAACGAACUAGUGAAAGAUGCUCAGUUAACAGCUGGUAAAUCAACAGCUAACCAGGAAGCUAUACCUAACCAAGUGUUACAGACAACACAAGCUCCAUAUGCUAGCCAGGCACUCUCUUCGACCCAAGCACCAGCUACUGCCCCCAACAUUUUAAUUACCCAACCACAAAAAGCUAGCAACAGACCAGACUCUACCUUAAUACCCAUAGCUGCCCAACCUCAAGAACCAGGCACUAGCCAGAAAGUAGUGACCAGCCAAGAUGGUCAAGUCUUAGAUGCAACUCAGACAUCAUUAAGUGAGCCUAGCCAAGCAACCUUAAUGAGCCCAACACCUGAAAGCCACACAGAGGUAGCGCCAUCAGAACUAGUUGUAGAACCCCCACAAUGCUUGUUGCUAGAUACUGCUCUCCCUUUUUGCUCCUCCAUGGUUGGGGAAAGGUUUGUUGUCCCCAAUUACCUCAACCAAAGCAGUGUGGAGGAAGUCAGGGCACUCCUAAAUGAAUGGGCAUGGCUGUUGAAGUCUUCUUGCCACCAUAGUUUGGAGUGGUUUUUCUGCCUUCUCUUGGUACCAAAGUGUGGCUCUCUGGCCCCGCCGCCGGUGUUGCCUUGCCGGAGUUUCUGCGAAGUGUUGGUGGACAGUUGCUGGACACUCCUGGAUGAGGGACGUCUCCCUGUGGAGUGCCACACUCUACCAGACGAGGAGGAUGGGUAUCAGUGCUUGUCAGUUAGUAACCUGAAAGAAGACAGUGGAGUCUCCCUGCUCCAGCUGAUUGGGGAUCCUCCUCCAAGUACCAUUACCCAGGUCUACGGUCCCGACAACAAUCCCGGUUAUGUCUUUGGCCCUGACGCCAACACGGGUCAGUUGGCCCGUGCCCACCUGCCGAGCCCAUUCUACCGAGACUUCGCCCUCAUCUUCAACCUGAAACCCACCUCUGAGAGGGGCGGCGUCAUCUUCUCCGUCACAGAUGCCGCACAACAGAUCAUGUACGUGGGUGUUAAACUGACGGCCGUGCAGGGCGGCAACCAGAAUGUCGUCUUGUACUACACUGAGCCUGACUCGCAGCAGUCAUAUGAGGCGGCCAGGUUCCUCGUGCCCUCCAUAAGAGAUACCUGGACUCGUUUUGCCAUCGCUGUGAGGGAUGAGAAGGUGAUGUUCUACCUCAACUGUGACACGGACCCUCAGGUGACGCGCAUUGAGAGGUCCCCGGACGAGAUGGAGCUGGAGACUGGUGCUGGGGUGUUUGUCGGGCAAGCUGGAGGAGCUGAUCCGGACAAGUUUUUGGGGGUGAUCGGUGAGCUGAGGGUGGUGGGAGACCCCCGUGCUGCUGAGAGACACUGUGAAGAGGAUGAAGAUGACUCAGACAUGGCUUCUGGUGAAGGAAGUGGUUAUGUAGAGAGCAGACCCCCAAACCCAGAGAGACACAGAUGGACGACUACUCCUCCAUCUUCACGGCCCAUUCAGCAGCCACCACUGACCAGGACAGAUGAGCUGACAAUCGCAAGAGAAACAGCAAGUGACUCCCAGCACGUUUCACACUCUGUGGAGUCCAGCCCCGGACUUCCUGGGUCACCAGGGCCAGUUGGGGCUAAAGGAGAAAAGGGUGACCGAGGGGAUACAGGAGCGAAAGGAGACAGGGGUCCAAUUGGGCCGAAGGGAGAGGCUGGCUCUGGCUCUGGCUCUGGCUCCAGCUCGCGGGGUGGAGGCCGUGGAGAGAAGGGAGAACCAGGGGAAAAGGGAGCAAAGGGCAGCGCAGGCUUUGGCUACCAAGGAAAGAAGGGAGAGCCCGGCCCCAUUGGGCCCCCCGGUCCCCCUGGCCCUCCAGGGCCUGCAACUGAGUUUUCAGUCGGCAGUGAUGGCACAGGUGCUGCCAGAGUCCCCGGACCUCGAGGACCACCUGGACCAAAAGGCGACACAGGCCCCCAGGGACCACCAGGAAAUGACGGAGAGCCAGGUGAUCCUGGUGAGGAUGGCAAAACCGGUCCUGAUGGACCUCCAGGUUUCCCAGGAACCCCAGGUGACCCUGGAACUAAAGGAGAAAAGGGAGACCGUGGAGAGGGUCAACCUGGCCCAAGGGGACCCCCAGGACCUCCAGGACCCCCAGGACCAGGACUCAGAUCUACUUUUGUGGACAUGGAAGGCUCAGGGUUUCCUGAUCUGGAGUCUGUUCGGGGACUGCCUGGCCCACCAGGUCCCCCUGGUCCCCCCGGUCCUCCUGGUCCCUCUAUAGCAGGAGGAGGCACAGCAUCGAGUUCUGGGGCAUUCGGACCACCAGGAAAGGAUGGAGCACCCGGUCAACCUGGCUUGCCUGGUUUGCCGGGUACUGAUGGCCUCCCAGGAGCUGCUGGUCCCAAGGGAGAAAAGGGUGAUUCAGGUGAGCUGGGCCUUCCAGGAGCAGUUGGAGAGAAGGGAUCUCGAGGAGACCCCGGUUUACCAGGAACUCCAGGAGAACCUGGACUGGCUGGUCUUCCUGGACCCAUUGGACCGGUUGGGCCACCUGGGCCUCCUGGACCUCCAGGACCAAGUUAUCGUGUUGGAUUUGAUGACAUGGAGGGCUCUGGUGGAGGUUUCAGCAAUGGACUUCCUGGCGUCAGAGGACCAGAAGGAAGACAGGGUCCUCCUGGCAUGCCCGGACUUCCUGGUAAAGCUGGGCUGCCUGGUAUACCGGGUCAGAAGGGAACUGAAGGUCGUGCAGGAAUAGAUGGACGGCCAGGGUUGGACGGCUUCCCCGGACCUCAGGGACCAAAGGGUGAGAGUGGAACCAAAGGAGAGAGGGGUGAACCAGGUCGAGAUGGAACUGGACUUCCAGGUCCACCUGGCCCACCUGGACCACCAGGACAAAUCAUCUACCAAACACAUGGCAAUUCUGAUGCUGUUGGCAAUGCUGGCCCUCAGGGAGGACCUGGUCGGCCUGGUCAAGCUGGAUUCCCUGGUCCUAUUGGACCAAAGGGUGACAGAGGAGACCCCGGCCCUCCAGGCUACGGAGUGAAGGGUGAGAAAGGUGAACCAGGCUUAGUAAUUGGACCUGAUGGAAAUCUUCUGCACCUGGAAGGACUGACAGGUCUGAAGGGAGACAGAGGACCUUCUGGACCUGUUGGACCACCUGGUCAGUACGGACCUCCUGGAAUAAAGGGUGAAAUUGGAAUGCCUGGGCGCCCUGGUCGCCCAGGUGUAAAUGGGUACAAGGGUGAGAAAGGAGAGCCGGGAGGUGGUUCUGGUUAUGGCUACCCAGGAGUCCCUGGUCCACCAGGACCACCUGGACCUCCUGGACCAGCCUUUCCUUUAGAUCGCUUCAAUCGCUAUGAUGACACUUCAAGGAAUUACCCAGAACUUAAAGGGGAAAAAGGAGAGCGUGGUGACCGAGGACUUCCAGGAAUCCCAGGAACAGCCUCUAAUUUUGACAUUUACACAUUCAAGAAUGAACUGAAGGGAGAGCGUGGAGAUGUUGGGGUUAAGGGAGAAAAGGGAGAGCCUGGUGGUGGAUAUUAUGACCCUCGCUUUGGAGGAGUACAAGGCCCACCAGGGCCUCCUGGCAGACCAGGUUUACCGGGUCCAAAAGGAGAUGCCAUAAUUGGCCCUCCUGGACCCCAGGGGCCAACAGGGCCACCAGGGAUUGGUUACAAUGGACGUCCAGGGCCUCCAGGACCACCUGGACCUCCAGGACCCCCAGCAUCUUCCUCACUUCCCGGAGCAUAUAGGCCCAAUCACUCUGUCACUGUUCCUGGACCUCCUGGUCCUCCUGGUCCACCUGGAAGUCCUGGUCACUCCUCUGGGGUCACAGUUCUGAGGUCAUAUGACACAAUGUUGGCUACUGCCAGACGCCAGGCCGAGGGCAGUCUCAUCUACAUCAUUGACAAAGCAGAUCUCUAUCUCAGAGUUCGGGAUGGACUGCGGCAAGUUGUGCUCGGAGAGUACAGCCCCUUCUUCAGAGAUCUGGAGAACGAGGUGGCAGAGGUCCAGCCUCCACCAGUGAUCCUGUAUCCCCAGUCCCAGGACCAGUCCCAAAACAACGGAGCUGGCCAUUAUUCCCAGGGCGAUCGUGUCAUACGACCCAUUGAGCCUCCCCCACACCCGCCUGUAGACCCCAGAUACCCCCCACAGUACGAUCCCAGAUUCCCAGAGCCGAGACACACGGGUCAGACAGAUGGAAGAUUAGCCACCCAACAGACUGACAACAGAUACGCUGUCACGCCGCAGCGACGACCUAGCCCACCUGUACCGCAGCCUGCUGGUCAUGUGCUGCCGUCAGCAUCAGGACUACACCUCAUCGCCUUGAAUGCCCCUCAAACUGGUAACAUGCGAGGAAUUCGUGGGGCAGACUUCCUGUGCUUCCAGCAGGCGCGCGCCGUGGGCCUGAAGGGGACCUUCAGAGCUUUCCUGUCCUCCAAGCUUCAGGACCUCUACACCAUCGUCCGCAGGUCGGACAGGGACAGCUUCCCCAUCGUGAACCUCAAGGACCAAGUGUUGUUCAGCAGUUGGGAGUCUAUUUUCGGUGACAAUGCGAACAAAAUGAAGGAGAAUGUACCAAUCUACUCCUUUGAUGGUAGAGACAUCCUCAGGGACAGUGCAUGGCCAGAGAAAAUGGUCUGGCAUGGAUCAAAUAACAAAGGCCACCGGCAAACAGACCAUUACUGCGAAACAUGGCGGGCAGGCGACCACGCUGUGACUGGUCUGGCAUCAUCACUACAGAGUGGCCACCUCCUGCAGCAGUCCUCCAGUAGCUGCUCCGGCUCCUAUAUUGUCCUCUGCAUUGAGAACGCCUUCACAUCACACUCCAAAAAAUAAAUCAUGACCACCCUCCCAUGUUUUUUUUUUUUUUGUUUUGUUUUUUGUUCUGGGCCCUAGUAAAACAGUUUGAAUUUCCCCGAGAACACGCCUGGUGAGCAUGUGGCAUCCAAUGAACUGGCCCUGUGGCUCUUUGCCUGGCAGAGACGCUUUGCAUCGUCUGCUCCUCCCCUCCAUAAACGCCAAAGAGAUGGGUCGAACAGAGGGGGUGUUGGUACUUUUUCUCGGGGACAUUGGCACAUAUUUUCUCCAAGGGGCAGAACGAGACCAGAGAACCUAAAUGCGUUCUCAAAUUGUAUCCUUUUUUUUUUUUUUUUUUUAAAUUCUGUAUAUUACAUGUUUGUUGUUUGUGAAUUUUUUUUUUUUUGAGGUUAUCAAUGUUUUACCUUUUGAACUGUUUCUAAAAAUGCAUUAUCCAUCCAUUUUUUUUUAAAUUUUAGGUAUUGAUCAUUUCCACAUUUUUUUUUUUCAAUUUCAUUCUAGAAUUGUGGUUUAUGAUGGGGAACAGCAAAUUUUUUAAGACUUAUUUUAAAGAAGAUAAUAGGUAUUUAUUUUUAAAUGAAGUUAUGUAAGAAAAAAAAUGAUUUGGAAAAACAAAAAAUGCUAAAUACCCUCAUUUAUAUUCUACACAGCACAGGACAUUUAAUUUCUUUUUCAAAAGAGCUGAUCAGAGAUUGCCUUAUUACACAACCGAGACUGCUUUAAAAAAACAAGUUCAUAUAGUAAACCAAUCCUUUCAUAUGUAUUAUUCAACAAAUAUGUAAAUGUUACAGCCGCUUUUGCUUAAAUGCAUUCCGAUGCUUUUACUCCACCCUAAAUUUGAAUGACCUUGUUGGACAUGGACACUACUGUAAUGAAUAAUCCCACAUCCAGAGGGCAAGAGUCCUUCUAGCUGAAAUUGAGCCUUUUGAAUCUAAAAUGAUUAUCUUCCCUUUUACCACUUUAUGAAAACCUAUCAGUGAGUAAGCUGGAAAUGAUUAGUUUGCUGCUAAUCUUUGUUGGAGUGAUUGCUGUCACGGGUGUUAGGGACAAGAAAACCAGUAUGUAAAGGAGAGAGCAGUUUUUGCAGCAGCCUUGUUUGAAUUUCAGAGACUAACCUGGCCUUAGUGCUACUGAUGGCUUGACUGAACCUGUGGAUAUCCAUUUUUAUAACUAAAUUGUGCAGUACUGUUUCUCCCAGGCACUGAAUAAAAGUCUUUUUCAACUACAA